AUUCGCGCAGCGGCUUCGGUGGUGAUGCCACCACCGCCGCCCCAAAACCCAACUGAGGCGGAGUUUUCCAAAUUAGAGGAGUUGGGUCGCGGGGAAACGAAGAAGGAGAAAGCAGUUUCGCCAAAGAGGAGAGCUUUGCCCAGGAGAGAGGGGCGAACUAAGCAGGAUCGGGGACGAGAGGACAGAUGGAAUGACCGGCCUAUCUCUGGAGGGAAGAGAUUUCAUGAUAAUACCCCGUUAAACACAAAGGUAGCCGAGGUCUUGAUGGCCAUGGAGAAGGGGAUAGAAGGGAAAGAUGUGACGUGGCCGAGGUCGAGGUUUGAAGGGCCAACUCAACCGAAGUCGAGGAGAUAUUACCGCUUCCACAAAGAUUAUGGCCAUACUAUUGAGGACUGUCGACAUCUCAAAGAUGAAAUUGAACGCCUUAUUCGAGCAGGGCAUCUCAAGGAGUUUGUUUAUCAGGAUAAGGUGAGGGGGAAGGAGAAGAGGAGGUGUCGGGAGAAAUCGGUGGAGAGGAGCGAUGAAGAUGAUGAAGAGGAGCCUCGAGGUGGUCGAGAUGGUCGAAAGAGAGGUGAGGGGAGGAGGAGACGAGGAAGUAGGGAGCGAGAUGGACAAGGAGUGGGAGGCCAGAUGAAGAGGGGCACGAUAUAUAUGAUUUCAGGAGGACCGACAGACGGAGAUUCAAACAAUGCUAGGAGGGGUCAUGUUCGAGCAAUGAAGAGGAAAAGGGAGGAGGUGGGUAUCACGGCCCGAGUACCAGAAAUUAGUUUUCGAGCAGAAGACGCAACAGGGGUGGUGAUACCCCAUAAUGAUGCCUUGGUGAUUACAGCAGAAGUCGUAGGUUUUGAUGUGAAAAGGGUGUUUAUAGACACAGGAAGCUCGAUCGAUGUCAUGUUUUAUGAUUUCUUCGUGCAAAUUAAUCUAGAGUUGAAUGUAGAGUUGAAGCUGGUGGCUACGGCCUUGUAUGGUUUUAAUGGAGGGGAGGUUAUGCCGAUGGGAGAAAUGGGUCUGUCUGUGGCUCUGGGAAAAGGAGCGACCCAGAAAGUUCGAAUGGUGAGAUUUGUGGUCGUAGGAGCUGAAUCGUCUUACAACAUCAUAAUGGGGAGAACCAGCUUGAAUUCGUUCCAAGCGGUCGUAUCCACGUACCACAUGACGAUCAAAUAUCCG